AUGGCAAACAUUGACGAUCAAUGGCUAAAGGAGGACGGGUAUCUGAACGUGGACACAGAAUCCAGAUCCAUUGUGUACCAUCCGUUGCUGAAUGUUAUCCUCGUGAUCGCGAGCAAUGGCGAAGUGAAGUUGUUGGAUGUCAAUUCCGGCGUUAUACUGCAAACCUACCGAAUAUCAGAUACCAGCGCAGUUCGCUGCCGUUACCUGCCGACACAAGACAAAAUACUGAUUUGGAAUGGUCGCAACAUUUCGAUGCGAGGAGACUACAACGGAGUCUUGCUGCUCGAUACAAUUCUGCAGGCACCGAUCUCGCAGACCGACGAUCGUGUCCGGCUCGAGCUGCUCCUCUCUGAGGCGGUGUUGUUUUUGCAGUGUUUGCAGAACCUCGAACAGCAUGGUUUGGAGAACAUGAGUGAUGUGACCAACGAGUUGAUGCAGAAGAUCUGCGAAACGCAGGCCCACUCCCGGCGCGGAAUCAAGGCGCAAAAGUGGGAAACGGUGUGCUUGGAGCUCCCACACUCAUCGCUGCGGAUGGUUGCCAGUGGGGUGGUGAUACAGUUGAAGCGGCUCGACCGUCACGUCCCGGCGAUGGCAAUCGCGUCCGCUAUUAACGAACGAUUAACUGAUCUGCUGGAAGGGGCCCGAGUAAGCGCCAAGUCUACCAACAAUGUGCAGCGAUUUCAGAUGUAUUCAGAGGCGGCUCGUCGCCAAACGUUCGAAGAGUGGCCCCAUAUGGACUACAAAUGGGUGCUGCCAGACCAGAUGGCGCAAGCCGGCUUCUAUCAUCAGCCGGGUGAGAAUGGUAACAAAGACCGGGCGAUGUGCUUUACUUGUACCGUGUGUCUGGUAUGCUGGGAGAAAACGGACGAACCGUGGAGUGAGCACGAACGCCAUUCGCCUGACUGUCCAUUCGUGAAGGGUGAGUUCACGCAGAACGUACCACUCGCGGUAACGUACGCGACGAGCCCGGCCGUGGCCACGGAAGGCUUUGCUCUCGUAUCUGCCGGCGAUCGUGGCACCGUUUUCUGCACUGGAAAUCCGGCCGGCGACAUUACGUUGUGGAACAUCGAAAGGCAGUUGACGAAGGUGCACGAGUUGCAAGUGCGAUUGCACCCGGAUAUACUUACUACGACCACCAUCAGCCCACAGGCGGCGAUCAACGGUAUUGAACUGACUGCGUUGGCCACUUACUUCGUCCGAUCGCCUCUUGGAAGCGGUGCGUUGCUGCUUAGGCGGGCGUCACUUUCGUUGAAACCCAAAAUGCUCGGCACCAAGAUUGUGGCGGCCGUGCGUGUCAAUAGCACGGAACCGCUAGAUGAGGAGGAGGCAGAGCAGGAGAUACCGAAAACGGAUGAGAAGGCACACGAGCCGGAAACGACAUUGCUGCUCAUCGUGUACAACAUCGAGGAUCCGGUGGUCGACGAUGAAUCCGGUACCGUUUCACCGACAGUGUGCCCAAAAACGUUCUUUGGUGUCGGUGGUUUGAUGGGCGGCGGCAAUAAUGUGAAGAAAUCGAACCUUACCACGAUUCUGGAGAGUGUUGAAGACGAAAGGAUGAAACACUCAACCGAGCGGAUGAUGCUCCAGGAAUUGAUACAGGCGGAACAUGAAAUCUUAAACAGUAAAAAGAAGCUUCACGCUGUUGCGGUAGGUGGCGGCGAGAGUGGUGCAGCUGAAUGUGAUAGCGAUAAUGACAGCGUAAUAAUGGCACUUCCUUCCACCUCGCUGACCGAUGCUCUCGAUGCUACCGCGGGAUCAGCACCAACUGCCAACGGCACCUUUGCGGCAGGGACGAAAGGCACGGGUGCAGGAGAAGGAGGCGCGGAUAACGGAAGCGGCGACGGUGGAGGAGGUGUGGCCGACGAGCUUGGAAUCUGCUGUGUGCCGUUGCAGUACAUUGAGCUGCCCCCGGCAUUUGUUGAUUCGCACGAUCGAUACUAUAUCUCAGACACGGUUCCGUCUAGCGACAAUCGCUUCCUGUUGGUUGUGCUGAAGCUAAAUGCGGACACUUGCUUCGAAGAGGGAGAAGACGACCGGGCUGAUUCAGUAUCGCGCUGGCAUGCAAUCCUUUACCUUUACUUUCUUAACGAAGACGGACUGGUGCGUGGUGACGAUCCGCUCGUGAAGUGUUUGGAGCGCGACCAGAGCCCGCUUGAGAUCACGAUGCUACCAAAGUGUGACGGCACGGGGCGCCAUUUUGGGGGGCCGGAAACAGAGCAAGGCAUCUUCGUUAUGACGUGCGCCGACGGUAAGCUGCGCAUCGUCUCGCUCAAAACUCUGUCGAUCCUGUCGGAAGCAUCCGUCAAGGACGAUCAGUUCGUUUCGGCAACAUACUGCAAGAGCCUUGAGCGACUAUGUGGGUGCACAGUGAAAGGGUGUUUGCAUUUCUACUCAUUCUACGAUCUGGACGCCGAUUCGAGUGACGAGCGAGAUGAAGAAAUUUUGGCUUCGAUACCAGCAGUAACGGCAGGACGCGUUGGGGAUGAGCUCAGUGGCGACCAGCUCGUGACGAUGGGAGGAACAUCCAAAGCGGGCUAUGGUGAUGGUGUCACAAUGGUCGAUGGUCGUGUAGCUGGCGCUUCUACGAUGGCGGACUAUGACAAGUCCACGGCGGGCAGUGCGUCUUCGACAGGUUACCCCUCAGGUGGAGCGACCAAUCCGACGGGUGCAAAAUCAGUGAGCGGGUCGGGCGAUCAUCAGCACGCCUCUACUACGUAUGGCGGUGGUGCCUGCUUACAAUGGUUGCUGGCAUUCCGCAAGGACGCGGGUGACAUUGAGAACCUAAAAGUUCUGCACUCGUUGACGCUGUUUAGCGAAAUGUUGACACCUUAUUCGGCCGAAAUGCCCGCUUGCUGGAGUGAGCUGGAACAGGCGCAAAAGCAGAGGCGCCAUCCGCAGCAUCUGCGUCCGGGAGAUGACACGCAUCUGACGAAAACCUGGCGACUGCACAACGAUGCGGCGACGUGGGAUGAGCAUCUAAUAGAACUGAACCUGCCCAAGUGUACCUCUCUCGGUCACAUCGACUUCAAGUUUUCACUUUAUCAACCCUGUGCCAACUCGCCCGCCAUACAGGUGACGCUGCUGAAACAAAAGUCAAUGGGACUGUGCACCCGGCGCAAAACGCAAUCCAUCAACCGCGUGGACGAGUCGAUCAACUUCAACAUCGGUGCCGGUGAGGGUAAAAAUUUCAUCGAGAACCCUGUGCUGAGCGAAGAGUAUCUGCAGGCGCGGAAUGCCGAAAUCGUUGUCGGCCCGAUCGAGCUCGCUUCCUGCAUGGACCUGAGUGAGCAGGGUGGAUGCGUAACUCUGAUAAGCCCGAAGCUUCUGAAAUCGAAGGGUCGCAACUAUCUGUUACACAUUAAGACGAUGACCGAUCUGUCGAAAGAUGGGCAGAGCAAAACCCGAGUCCCGGUGCGUAAGAAGGGUAUUACAAGCAUAUUGCUAACGUCGUUCGCGAACAUCUCCGCGCAUAACGCACACGCCACUGGAGGUGGUGCCGGCGGCGGUGGUGGCAGCGGUGUUUGUAGUGGUACCGGUGCUGUGGGCAAGGAUGGAAGUGUCUCGUUUUUCACCGACACUGCUGGCGGCUCGUCCGUCAAUGGCAAGACACGUAAAAACGAUUUCUAUAUAGGAUGUGAUUGGUUGAACGAGAUUUCCAUCACCGUACGCGCCACCAGUCAUGUGCAGAAGCUCGAGAACGAACGCUUCCAGCGGCAAGCAAUGCUGGACUCGAACAUACUGCUAGAAAAUCUUUUGAAGUUGCUGAACCAACACCAUGACCACCUGGAGAGUGCAAGCACGACCGAUGGCGGCAAUAAAGAUGGAAUCGGCAAAGAGUCUGAUGCGGACUCGAUUCGGCACGGUCCUCGGGUGCUCGGCGAAAACACUGUCACGAUGCGGCAGCAUUUGGCACUGGACAUUCUGAUUUGGAUCGUCACCAUCCGCCUUAUGCGUUAUCGCUACCCGAAAAAUCCAUUCGCUAAGCGUGCCAAUCCGACGGAGGUGCGCGAUGUGGCAUCGCCUGAUUUAAACGUUCAACAAACGGAGUGUGUCCAGAUUAUCGAGCGAUACCUCGAGCCAGCCAUUCGACACUGCAUAGUGUUAGCGAACCGAAGCAUCGCUCAUAAGUGUGUCAAAUUUCUAUCGCUAGCGUUGGAUGGUGCACAAAACAUGGUCGAUAAAAAUGCAUGCAGUUCCUUCGAGCAGUCGUUGCAUUUGGCCAUCGAAGCUUGCCUGCCAGAGGUAGUCAACUCUAAUCAUUCCGGUGCCCUGCGUUGGUUCGCGCUGCUGAUUUCCGGUACCACCUCAUCCGAGAACCAUCGUUCCGUGGCGAACCGGUGCCUCUGGUUGCUGAAAUCCGUGGCCGAAGAGUUGCGCAACCGUAACAACCCUUUGGUUGCACUGCUACGAACACGUUUCGGCCUUCACGGUGCUCCGUUUGAUUCCGAAGUGUUCGACGCCCACCCAUUGGAGGCCCGCUACGGCGCUGGUGCGUGCGGAGGGGCUUUCGCAACGUUCAGCUGUGCCGCAGGGGCUGGUGCCGGUGGUGGAAUCGGUGUGAACAAUGCCAGCGGCAACGGUCCGUGUCCUGGUGGAGGCGGAUGCACUGCGAACAAGGGUACAGGCACUGGAAAUGGAACUGGAUCGCUAUUGGCUGCCGGCGGUGGACCAUCGGCAAUUGAUUUGCGUCUGCUGUGCUUUGCCGAUGGCGCGGAACUGAGGUGUUUACCAGAUCAGCUGCGGAGCCGUGGCAUCGGGACGCACUUUAUGGGUUUGCUAGAGGUGCAACCAUUGCAUUACGCGUGCAGUGCUACAUCGGAUGCAACACGCGUGGAGAAUAUUGACGCCAAUGGCCACACCAUCACAACUACAGCUAAUGCCACGAGUAGCACAAACUCCACUACCAUGAAUGGAUUUGGGGGUGGUGGUAGUAGUGGCAAUAGCGGUGCCGCUAGCAACAAUGCAGUUUCUUCGUCAGCGGCGGCCAACAUUUUGAUCGAUGAAUAUUCACUUGAAAAAGUAGAGAUCCCACCCAAUGGGGAUUCACCUGGCGGAUUCAUCUACGUCACUAAGGGAGGUGGCGGCCAGCAUGGCGGAACGGGAACUGGAGUCGGUAGUCAGAUCAUCUUCUCUAGCCUUCCACCUCCGCCCGCGUCCAACAGCCUGGGGAAUGGGAUGCCGAAAACUUUGAAAAUUUUCUUAGGCGAUGACGAGAAGGAAAACAUUGACGACGAUAUGAUGAAUAACAUGAAGAACGUGCUGGUUGAUAAGAUCUUUUACUCUGCGCUUAAGAAGCACAAAAUGAAAUCCGCCUCUAACACGACACCAUCGACAGUGCUUGUGACGAAAACUACCCCGUUCCUCGAUGUCGGGGUGCUCGAUGAGAAGCUACCGGAGCUACAGUUUAUAUCGACAGUAGAGACUGCUCCAUCCUCACCAGAACCGGCUGCCGGAAUCUCGAUUAGCGAGAUUAUAGAUCAGGAUCUAAUGGGAGAUUGUGGUGACUUCGAAAUCGAAGGGACCACCAUGACUAUCAGUCCCGUUCCACACUCCACCGCAUCUGGGGCUGUCCCUCGAUCGAAGGUUGUUUCCUUUACGUCGGCCACUGCGUGCCAUCAUGCUGAUCCCGUAGAACCUCACGCAUCGUCCUCGUCUGCAUCACCGUCAUCGUCGUCAUCUGGCAAUAAAAUUAAAAAACAGUUCGAAGCUGUGUUACAGGAGGAAAGCACGGUGACACCGUCAGACACGCCAGCCAAUGACGCCGCACCUGCAGCGGUGGUUGCAUUGCCGUGGCAUAAGCUCCUAAGUAGCCCCCCGAAACAGGUGAUUGUCGUCGAGCGGAUGCACUCGGGUGCGAUAAGGUACGUAACGCUCGAUUUCGGAGCUCCUGUCAUGCUGACGGACGUGAUCAUUCCGGCGUGUGCCGAUCUUGCAUCACUUUCACUCGACAUCUGGUGCUUUGAGGAAGAAGCGGACAGCGUGAGGCUAGCAGUUUCGCAGGAUAUUCAAGCUCGGACGCUAGUGUUGAGUGAUCUGCAGCCGCCUCCGAUAUGUCGUUAUCUGAAAAUCACAAUCACUGGACGAUACGGAAUGUCGGCAACCCGUUGCCGCAUACCGAUGGGCUCAUUCUACGGGCACAUUGUGAUCUUGGAGCGUGAAGCGUAUGCUGAUCCAGUUAUGAAGUGUCUGCAGGGGAAGAAAACGAAUCUCGUUUGUCAACUGCAGAUCCUGAAAGCGUUGUACGACGACGUUCACUGUCGCUAUUGCUUGGCCAGUAAUAAGUUGAUGGAUCUGCUGAUACCGUACCUCAAUAGCAAUGCGUCGAACAUCGCACACAUGCAAGCUUUCCUGAAUCGCAUCAGGGAUAAUGCUUCGUGCGGUCAUCACGGAGACUCGUAUGGAUGGAGCGGCGGUGCGUAUGGUGCUGGAGGGAGUAGUAGUUCACAUGAGUAUGCCAAGGUAACAGAGGCCUACGAUGAAUGCAUCGGUUUCCAGCAUCAGCUGAAUGUUAUUCGACGGGUAAUCGACCGCAUCCGUCCGUCAAUCGGACCCGAGCACGAACCGCUGUUGGCACAAUUAUCGCUCCCAACACAACCGGCACCACUGCAACUACCCGGGUCAGACUUUAGCUCGAUCUACACCGACAAGCUGCGCAUCAUAAGCGAGUGUUUAAUCGAAGUUGUGUUGCAACUCAUCACGACCUACGGUAGCCAAACGUCAGCAGCAGGAUGUGGCACUCAACAACAGCAGCAACAUCAGAAGAUCGAUCAAGAAAUGUGCAAUUUGCUUUUCGACACAAUGGUCAUCGCUGGAGAGGCGCAUCUCCAGCUUGCCACCUGCUCAAUGCUGGUGCGAAUGUGUUGCUUCGAGCCGUGGUGGGGUGACUUUUUGGCGGACAAGUUUCUUACGUUGUAUUCCUCGCAAAAUGAUCGCAUCUUUCCCCAGGAUCGCGUGUUCCUUUUGCUGACUUACCUGGGUCGCAGAAGUAUUGCCCUGGGGCGAUGCCGAACAACUGUGAUUGAUGCGGUUCUUCGAAGUUUGGCGACACUAUUGGCCCCGCUCGCCACGACAGGCGCCUCCGGAUUAAGCAUCUGGUGCAAUACAGACUUGAAUCUGCUCGGCUGGAUACUUCUCUUUCUGUCGGUCUGUUUAGAUGAUGGGUCAGACGGUCGGAAGGAUCAAAGCAAUUUACGUUGGGACUUUAUGUCCGGUGAAACGGAUAUGGUGAAGGCUCGUAUGAACAUCAACAACAGUGGAUUGCGCACGUUGACGCGUACGUUUAAAAAGCGGCUUCUGCAAUCCAACAAGCAAUACAAUGCACUCUCUGGUAAUACCGCGUCAAAGUUGGAAAUGGCUUUGAAGCAGCAAGAAAAUCAACUUAAAAAACUGACCGUCAGUAUGAAGCAAAGUUUCGGCGAUUACUUCAACGAAAUCAGCAAAAUGAAAGUGAUCGAGGAGAAGCCGAUCCCACCGCUCCACAGCACCAACGAACAACUAUCGUCUGGUGGAUCUACUGUUAACGUGUCGACGUCUACUGUCACCACCGGGGCCAGUGCUAGCGGCACUAGUAGUGCUCCGGUAGUGUCCAAGCGGACGGCAAAGUUCAUCGAUGUAGCUGCUGAGCGUUUGUCGAAAGAUUCAUCUCACGAUGUAGGUGCAAUGGGAGGUAAUGACGGAACUGGCAGCGAUGGUGAUACACCCUUCGAUAGGGGGCUGAAAGCAAUGAAAAUCGGUAACAUUAUCGUGGUGAUUCGCGGACUCAUCGGGCUGCUCCUGAGCAUGGACUUUACCUGCAACAUGGAUUUGUUUCUCAUUACGUGCAAAAUUAUUGCUCGCCUUGUUAUGGCUUGCAGGCCGUCAAUGCAGCUUUCCAAGAUUAUUACCACCAAUCAGUUGCUUCAACUGGUUCGCAUCGCGGUGUGGGAGAAUCCGCAUCAGCCGUGGGCCGUUCAUGCUAUUACCUGCCUGCUGCAGGACGUGCUGGAAGCCGAUAAAAGCUUCAAGGACGAAGAAAAUGAUUCUUCCGAAUCAUCAGGUGAUGAUGCAAUGAAUGGUAAUGGCUGUGCAUCAAAUCCGCUCGCAGCCGGAGGAGCCUUUCUUCCUGCAAUGCGGCCUCCGGUAGAAGUGCCGUCCUAUAAGCAGCAACAACAGCAUCCACUAAGCACCUCGCACCAUGUGACGGUAGACUUGAGCUACGCGGAUGCGGUGAAGAACCAGCUGCCGUCUGUGGUCGAGUGCGACGAUCAGGAAAUGGAGGAAAUGGUUAUCGACGACAUACUGUCGACACGUGAAAAGCGUUUCCUUAAGCGGGACAGCAGUGCUUUCUCCUCGUCGGCCGGCAAAUUAACUUUUACUAACAAGACUGUGUCGUCGGCCAUGGAUGCCCGGCUGGAAAUGGGGCUUGACACUAACGUGGAGAUUGUGUUACGCAGACUUACAACGCGGGCGGCUUUCAAUUUGAUCUCGAGCCACGUGGCGAUGAUGCAAGAACCGUGCGGCCAGGCCACCAGUUCUCAACCCUUGGACUCGCUGCCGCCGUGGCCUGAGCCCAUCGUGGAAGCUUGGUCUGGGCCGGAAUAUUUGCAAGGGUUUGAGACAAACGCCAUGCUGACAGAGGUGUUUGACAAAAUAUUAUCCGAUCUGCCUCAGAUUGAUUCGUGGCUUAACCUGGAAAAGGUUUUGCAGUUGUGGCUCACAUUGAACGGUGAAACACUGGAGCAUUUACCGGGUAGCAGUGGUGCUGGCCUGAAUCCUUACUCUUUUCCGAAAAUACCAUUCGGCGAUCGCGCUGUCCAUGGGCUAAUAAAAGCGCUGGCUACUCAUCCGAGCGUCAAGCUGCGUGCCUGGUGCCUCGGGUUUCAGUGUCUGAUAUUGGCGUGCAAGCCACACUUCGAGGCCGACUGUCUGGAAACCAACUCCACCAGCAGCGACAACCACUUCCGCAGGAUGGGAAAUCUAAUCGUACGGGACGAGCUUUUCGAAACGAUGCUACUACGUUUCUUCAGCGGCGAAGAUCUUCAACUGGGGACGGUUGAUUCUGGCAACAAUCGCUAUGCUGGACCAACAGUUUGCAAGCUGCUCAUGGAGCUGUUCAUAUGGUUGGAGGUGCGUUGCCACGUGAAGGACCAGUUGAAACUAGCAUUGAUGAAGGUAACGCUCAACCUGGUACAGUUUAGUGGGGCCAUUUUUAAGCAGAAAGGCCCCAUUGACGCGCAAAGUCAAUUGAUCAAGCAGUUGCUCAAUUUCACGUACGACAAGGAAGAUCACGGCAUGGCAGUAAGCUUCGUGGAAUGUGUCUCCCACUUGGUAUACGACAGCAUCGUAAAUGUGGACAAAUUAUACUGUCAGAAGGCCGUCGAGAUGAACAAUUCAAGCAGUAUGUUGCGCUUCGGCAACCUAUUUGCGUCCGUGCUCGGUGCGGAGAAUGGUCGGGCAGGGAAAACGGUUACCGAUGGAACUCUGCUGGUCGAUAUGCUUAAACUUUCGUCGAUGCUGGUGAACGUGAAAAAUCAACGACCAACCAGUAAUGAACCUACGCCACCGCCGUCAUCUUCAGCACCCUUGGCGGACGGUACAAGCAGUGGCGGUGUUGUAGGUUUCGAUAACUUGAACACUUCCAGCGAAAGCCAAACGGAUGAAAUCAAAGCGGAGCAACAAAACACCGGCGGUGGAGGGUCGACGAGUAGUCAGGCUCCGCGGGUGCGCUGCUUUGCGGACACGGUUCUGCAGCAUCAACCAACGAUGACGCGGCUGUUGACUGCCCUCUCCCAAUGUACGCACUCUUCUCUCACAAUGCUGCUGUCAUCUUCCGCGAUCUAUGGUGAAGGUGUUGGGAGCAGCAGCGCUGGUGGUGUUGGAGCUGGCAAAAGUGGCCGAAAUACUCUGCCGGAACUAUGUACCGUUGCUGAUGCACUCUUUCAACUACUACUGUACCUCAGUCGAACUGCAUCUCAGCAUGAGCUGGUAGUUAAACCGCUCUUCGAGUUCCUCAGCGAAGCAACGAGUGCCGUACGACACGCGAUGCCCAAAUUGCACCUCUACGAGCCAUUCCUGUGGUACAUUCUUAAAGUGCUCGAAACACCGUCCGCCGUUGCUGUAUUUACUGAUCUUGGCGGCAUUCAGGUGCUGUGUGAAAGCUUGGUGUGGAGUAACCGGGCACUGAUCAACACUCAGCCUAGCCUCGUAUCGAUGAUCAUGCAGCGCCUUUCAAAAUCGUCGACUGGCCCCGGUGGUUCCGGAUCAGGCUACUUUUCCAUGGGUGGUGGUGGCACCAGCGGAGUUGGUGGUUCCGGUAGCGGAAGUUCAUCGAAGAAAAGUGCUCCGAUCGUACCGACGGCACGCAAUGAGGAAGGUUUGAUCAACUUUGCACCGUACUGCACGAUCACGACCGACAACCAGUCCGCUCAAGCGGCCGACGUGCUCAUUCAGACUCCAAUUGCGUCCCACCGACGAGCCCGUAAUCCCGCCUGGAGCUAUCUCUUUUAUCCAAAUGAACCGCACGUUGAUCUUACGAUCACCCUACCCACUGCUGUCCUGCUGAAGGAGGUGCAACUGCAGCCGCAUCUUUCCACACUUGCUUCCUGUCCGUCGGCUGUGGCGAUCGAAAUCACACGCGACAGCAUUUUGGGGCCCAUUCCGAUAACGCAACCCAUCUCGACCGUUGGCAUGACGUGCAUUCGGUUGCGCUUCGCUCAGCCUGAAAUUGCAACAAGUGUGAUCAUACGGCUGUAUCGACCUCGCGAUGCUAUGAACAUUGGUCUGACGCAAAUAGCAAUCCUCGGAACGACCACCUUUGGCGAAGUACCGCUCGGUGGAGGAAUGGCCAGUGCGGGCAGCAAUGGAGCAGGCACCGGUGCAUUAGGUGUUUGGGAUUAUGGAGCACUGGGAACUGGUGGAGGUCUCAAACCAUGUAACGAUAUGUUCGGCGGUGGUUCUGCAACCGUCGCCGCGGCAGCAAAUUCCGGAGGUUUCGGUGGUUACGAUGGUUUUGCGGCAGGAGGUGUUGACGAUCGACUUGGUGGAGGAGUACCAGCAUCCCGCGCCAGUCUCGGAUGGCUGCGCGUGCUGACGCAGUGCUUCAGCGUGACCAUAUACUACUGUGAUCAUCAGCUAGCUAGCCGAGUAAUUGGCGCGGCGAGCGAGGUCGGAGGAUUCAUGGAAGCAUGCUGUGCAUUGCUUAACAUUGCACCUAACAGUCCCAACGAUACGCUGCAGAACCUGGAGACGGUAUUGCUGAAGCUCGGGCUUCACAGUCGCGAGUUCGGCCUGGCACUAAUAAACAAUCUACUGCGCCAGAGCAUCCCUCAGACGUUCCAGCUGUGCAACGAUUCGAUCUCGGAUUUGCUGUACCAGCUGUGCACGAUCCAGAACGACUACACCGGUGAUCGAUUGCAGGCUAUGUUGGAGUGGAUUCGUACGCUGUACGAGCGCUACCGGCAGAAUGACGCGGUCAAUAGGCGCCUCGCCCUGCACGCAACCAAUCCCUACAGUGGUUUCAUUCGCUGCCUGGCUGCGAUUUUGUGGCAGGUUUAUGCUACCGAUCUGUUGCCGAACCUAAGCGACAUGAUUACGCGCGAUCUGUUCGCGGUACUGUACGGGUGGGCUCGGGACCUCGAUUACGAUGGCCCACUGAAGCGAGCGAUCGAUGCGCUGCUUUGCUCCGUGUGCUGUGUACGUCCCGAGUUCUUCACGGUGUUGCUCCGGCGGCUCGGGGUACUAGUGCCAAACUUGUCCACCGAUCUAACCGCCUCGAUAUCGGACGACCGGAAGGAUGGCGAACGUCGAACAGAUGACAGCAAGCAAGAGGAAUCGGACACUAGCGAAUGGUAUAGCCACCUGGUGAUCGAGAACAUCGAGCGUCUCAAUCUAUCGCGUACCCAGCUUUCAACAAUCGCGAUGGCGUGCCAGUCACCUCUGGCCGUUCAGCAACUAAUCGACUCCGGGUUGCCUAAGUUGUUGAUUUCUGUUGUCCUUGAGUUUUGUCGACGGGCACGCGAAAGUGUUCAAUCUCGACAACGUUGGUGUAGUGGAGGAUCGUCAGCUCAUGUGAGGCCCGAAAAAGUGCAACGAACUUCUGCGUCUGCCGCUACCACUCCAGACGGUUGUCUCACCGAUGCCGACAAAUGGGGCGAAGGAGAAGCAGCCGCAGGAUCCGACACGAAAGCUUCGACAGUGCAAUCGUAUCCGAUGGUGAACAUUCAGAAGGUGACAGAAAUUCUUGCCUUUUUCACGACCGUCUGCUCUGAAGGUCAUAUGCGCGAUUGGUUAGGUAGUUACGAAGGUUCCAAGUUCUGGGAACCGCUGCUGAUGCUGCUGUGUAACAGCCAAAUGGCGAACGUGACCCGCACGAUCACCACCCAGUCUUGUCUCGAGCUCGAGGAGUGCUUCAUCAAGUUUCUAUCGCGCGUAACAACGUGCCAUCCGGCGAACCAGGAAAUGUUCACGAUCAGCCUGAUAGCGGUGAUACGCAAGUCGGAUCCCAAAGCCAAUCUUCCAGAAGGAAGUGGCAGCACAGUUGAUGCUACGGUAGAUAGUCCCAGCAGCGCUUCGCUGAGUUCCAGCAUUCUGCCGAGAAGCUGUAUUUCUGGUUUUACGCGCCGAUUGGUGUUGCAAAUUUUGCUUGAAAGUGAAAAAAUUAUGGUUGCCGUGCGGAGUGAUUUGCCGUUGCAACAGAGCAAGGAUAUCGUUGGCCCGGGAGGAACUGGUGCUGCGGGAGGCGAAAGUCUUUACAAUGCCAUCAGUAACCACCCGUCCAAGCGUCCGAAUGCACACCUGAAGCUAUUCCAGUUGAGCACGAACGCCAAAUGUCAAGACAUUUUGGAUCACUGCGCGGCCACCGUCUACCAGCCGUUACUGACAACGGUAGUGCCACCGGCGGCAGUUCCAACAACGGUAGGAGGAAAUGUUGUUGGCAGUGGCCCAAUGCCGGCCGCUUCGGUUAGUUCCUCGGUUGCUGGCGUUGCUAGUGAGUUGUCCAUCCUUGGCGCUAGUGGUUCAGCUGCUGUGACGGCGCAACCGAUAACAGCCGCCACUUCGAGCGGAGGUAGCAGUGGAUCAUCCGGAGGAGCGGCAGCUAGCGAUGGUGCACGGCGGGAUCUUUGGGAGCUGGGAAUUGGACUUGAGUACCUCAGCGUGGCGGCUGGUGUGACGGCAAAGGAUAAACGACUUAAAGAGGCGAAGAAUCAGGCAGCGACCAUGCGACGGAAGGAUGUGAUAACAAUGUACAAGUUGAAAAUGCACGACUCCAAGAUAUCGGCCCAGGAUGGAAUGUUCCUGACGCACACCUCCGUCCCGGAAGUGAUCAUCACAACCGACACAACUAUUGCACAGCUUUUGACCAUGCUCAAAUCGGCCGGAAUAUCUCUCUCAACACCAUGUAUCAAUUUGAAUCUGAUUGAUACGAAAAAUAAACCACCGUCGACCGAAACAUGCUGUGGCGAUCCAUCAGUGGCUUCGUCUUCCGUAGGUGGAGGGGCCGCCGCUAUGGUGCGUGCAACCGAAUUCCUGCCGCAAGCGUCGCCACUACAAAUUUUCUCCAGCCGCGGCGGUCUGUCGCUGCUGGCACACUAUCUGCCAACGGUUUAUCCGGAGAUGCCGAAAAGUAGCUCCCAUUACGGAGACAAAGAUCGCAGUCCGGCUGGUGGCGGUGGAGGCGCUAUCGGUAGUGAGUGGGUUAAGCUCGAACAGAUGGACGAAAUCUACGAAGAUCUGGAUGACAUCACCGCGGAAUCAACCCCGAAAGCACAGUGCAUCUCAGCUAUCCCGCAACAUUCGCUGGCGGCAUUUGCACUGUUUCUGAAGCUUCCGGCUUACUCGGAGGUACUAUUGACCGACACGGUUCGGGCCCAAUGUCUGCUCCGACUGAUCCUCGGUGUUACGGGUGACGGUGAGGGCAACGAAAUCUACAGCUUGGCGUUGUCAUCUUCGCUACCUACGCUACCAUUCGAGGUGUUCCGCCAGCUACUGGACAGCUCGCCGCUUACCACUGAUGAUGGGGUGCUUUUGCGCCGAAUGGUGAUCGAGGUUGGCGCAAUCCAUCUGGUGCUGAACUGUCUCAGUAUUUUCACUCAUCACAACAACACCGGUGGUCGCGUUUCUGGGAGCGGGACUGCAGACAACGUAAGUAACGCGAAUGAUCUCAAAUCUUGGCACUGUAGCCCUGUCACGGGACUUUGUGCAGGAGUCACCGCCGCUAAUGGAGUGAGCCAGGGAAAACCUGCUGCAUCGGUUGCAGCUGGUAACAGCAACGAAGAACAGUUGAAUUCCGACGACAAGGGUCACAUGUACUGGGCGAAGGGAACCGGUUUCGGCACUGGUUCAACACAGCAAUCAUGGAACGUGGAACAAGCGUUACUUCGUCAGAAGAGUGAAGAAGAACACGUUACAGUGCUUUUACAGGUAUUAUCGAGCUAUAUCAACCCUGGCGACAAAUAUCCGACAAGCUUGGGUAGCGAUGAUCAUCUGAAUUUUAGGGACUGCAGCGAAUCGUUGACGGAACUGCCACCGAUAUUCUUGGAUCUUUUGCAACAAAGCUGUCUCAUUCCAGCACUCAGCUACUACUUGCGUAAUGAUUCCGUUCUCGACAUAACGCGUCACAUUCCGUUGUAUCGUGCAAUUUUGCAACUGCUGCGCGCUGUUUCACUUUCCAGCCAGCUCGCUACGCUAUUGGUGAACAAGAAUGCGAACGAGGGCAAAAUGUCUAUCGCAGGAUUGCUGUCAAACAUGAAGGCUUGCGUCGAUACGUACGCCAGUCGGCUAAAAGUGAACAAAAAAUCAAACCUUAAGGGGCAAACUCAAAAAAUUAUCGUCAGUCUGGAUGACGGUGACGACGAGGGUUUGGCGCUACUGAUACCGGACAUACAGGAUACAUCGCUGUUGGUGCAGAAUGCCACCAACACCGAUACAGCCAGUGUGGUUGACGAAGAAGAAAAGCAGACGAUUUCGAGGCCGCUCGCCAAAUCUGUAGAGGAAAAGUACAUGGAAAUAAUGAAGGCGUUACAGUUUGAUACCUACGAGAUGAUUGCCGAAUCGGAGAAUGGAUACCGUUUCACGAUAUCUCACCACUUCGAAACGAAUGUUCGGAUGGCGGGAGAUCGUGGCCACCCUGGGCGAGUGAAGCGGUUAGCUCAGGAAACCGUAACCCUGUCUACCAGCUUGCCUCUUUCGUACAGCAGCUCAGUGUUCGUACGGUGUGACACCGAUCGAUUGGACAUCAUGAAGGUGCUUAUUACAGGCCCUGCCGAAACACCGUACGCCAACGGGUGCUUCGAGUUUGACGUUUACUUCCCACCGGACUAUCCUAACUCGCCGAUGAUGAUCAACCUUGAGACUACCGGGCGCAAUACAGUGCGUUUCAAUCCGAACCUAUACAACGACGGCAAAGUUUGCUUGUCGGUGCUGAACACUUGGCACGGUCGGCCUGAGGAAAAAUGGAACGCCCACACGUCCAGCUUCUUGCAGGUUCUGGUCUCGAUCCAGAGCCUCAUUUUGGUACCGGAACCGUACUUCAACGAGCCCGGUUUCGAGCGUAGCCGCGGUACACCGACGGGAACGCACAGCAGUCGAGAGUACAAUAGCAACAUCUACCAAGCGUGCGUAAGGUUCGCGAUGCUCGAGCAGCUGCGCCAUCCGUGUCCGGCCUUCCGGGAGGUUAUUCACACGCACUUCUGGUUGAAACGAAAUGAAAUAUGCGUCCAAAUUGAGGAGUGGAUUGCCGAGCUUAGUAAUACGUUACAAAACGAGCGCACCGGUCGUGCGAUAUCGUUCAAUGUGAUGGUAUUGCGUCGUCAGUAUCGACAGUUACGCGAGGAGCUUGCCAAACUCACGCCACCGGAAGGACUGGAGGACGCGGAUUAUCCAUUCCGUGCGGGAAACACAAGUUACGCAACACCACCGGCGACACCGGCAACCGGCGGAGGUGUAGCUCCGACAAACACUGCGUCGACGAUGGUAGCGACCACCGCUUCGGUUCUGAGCACUAGCGCAUACGGUGGACCGGUGCCAUCUUCAUUCCCUCCGUGCAUCUCUUCUUCGUCGUCGACAUCUGCUUCGCGUUCAUCUUCAUCGUCCACGUCCUCUUCAUCAUCUUCCUCGUCGACGUCAUCGUCCUCCUCAUCGUCCUCAUCGUCUUCGUCGUCGUCUUCGGCGUCUUCGUCUGCUUCCCACACCGCAAGCGCCUCAACCCACAUACCACCAGCCGCCGAUGGUGCAAACGAGAACAGCGCAGGAACGGAAGAUUCUUCCAACGAGACAAACUCUUUUGCUGACCCCAGCAGUGUGACAGUGCUGCGUGGUGGCAGUGAUGUUGAUUUUCCCAACGAAAUGCUCGAAGAUGCCAUCGCAGUAGCCGUUGCAGCAGACUUUUGUGUUCAUUCCAAGGAUACGGAGACCGAUCUGGGAGCCGUCACGACAGCUACAGCGAUUUCAGGAGCUGACUGCAGCGAGUCGUCCAGUGCCAGCAGCAGCGUUGUGUCCGGCGUGUCGGGAUCGGGCGACAGCAGUGAGUCAACUGCCGUCACCGGUGGACUGUCCGAGGAAACAAACGGCUCCAAUAUACUGCCGCCCGGUACGGGGGACGACAUUAGUAGCAUUACCAGUGCCCAUGAAAAACCAACCCUUGGUAGCAGUGUGCACGAGUCACUAGACGACGAUGGAGACCUAUCGCUCGAUGAGAUGGCGGUUUAGUAUGCAAACGGUUGACAGAAGGAUGCAGGAAAUUAGUGCAGAGAAACGUGAACAUUAAAAUGGAUUCAUCAGUGUUCCCAACCGUCAAGAAUAGCCGUUAGCAACCGCAAAAACGAAAUUACUUCCAUCCCUCGUGUCUAGCUUCUUUUACCUAUUUAUCCCUGCGCCGGGUAGUGAGCGACUGUGCAGUGUGCCACAUUGUGAUAUCAGUUUUGGAUUGAUGUUUUGCUCGUUGAGAUUGGAGUAAGGUUCUAUACAUCACCGUCGGAGUGCAUGGACAUAAUGUUAGGAAUGAAAAUAUAAUUAUUGAGGACCAUGUCAAAGCCAUACGGAAGAACGAAACACGAGCACAAGUCUAUUUGAAUGGUAAGCGUUUGUAUCGCUGUACGAAAAUUCCAUUGAUCUUUUACGUUAAGUUAGCACCAGCGAAAGGGAUAAAGAGCAAGAGAGAACGAAAGGAAGAGAAGGAAAUGAGAGGAAGAUAGAACGAAUGAGAAAAAUAGAAGCAACAUACGACACGUCCUCCUCUGUCUAAUUUGUUUUAAGAACAAGAACGUUUAAUAUACUUUGGCUUAAGUUACGUUUGCGACGAUUAGUGUUUGCUUUGUUUUCUUAGUAUCUUAGUAUUCGCCUGAAUCGAUAAACUUUAAAUUAUCAACUUAUCUGAGUUUCGUAACGAAAAGAUAGAAGACAUUUGUUUUAGAGUACCAGGUGACAAAAGAUUUGUUCUGUUCUUGAGGCAAUGAGAAGCAGUAUUGCCAACGUAUGAAGGAUAUGAAAAUUAUUUUUCGUGCUCUUCGGGCUAUCGAAAAUUUAAGUAUAGAUUAUUUAACACUGCUAUGACUGUUCUUAUGUUGUAAUUGUCGCACAUGCAUACUGCCUACCGUUCGGGAGUUGGUUCUUGCUUCUCACAUAUUUCCUUCGCCACCCCAUUCAGUCAACGCGGAAUCCUGUGGUAUUCUGAGACUGGUCGACCGUUUCAAUGGGAAGAUUAGGUAGCACGAGUUCUUCAGGGAAUAGUGAGAUCGGAAAGGAAGACUAUAAACUAAUUUCUACGAGUAUGCGGAGCAGUAUACAAAUUGUAAUCGUGCCUGCUCUCCAUCAAGUGAGACCGGUGGAUUGCCCUGUAUUUGGGCCCAAGUUUGGUCUAUCACUCGGAACUAAUCAAUGCAACCUAUGGCGACGACGCGCACUCGCGAACGUAAAUAAAUUAUAUGAUGUGUAGGUACUUGAAAAAAGAAAGAUAAAUACAAAAAAAUCAA